CUCACCUACAGACCAGGAAGCAGCAUGUCGACAAGUGCUAAUGCACGGCUCUGGUCAAGCUUGGCCGAAGGCGACGAGAAAGGGGUGGUCCAGGCCCUAAAGGAAGGGGCUGACGUGAACCAGGUCAGCCGUGGCCGUGGUCGGCCCAUUCAUUCCGCUGCUCUUCGGAAUUCUGGCAGUUUCAUAAGGAUUCUUCUGAAUCACGGCGCCCUUUGCGAUGCUUCCGACGAAGAAGGCUUCACGCCUCUAAUGGUGGCGUCCCUGAAUGGGCACACUGAGGUGGUGAAGGAGCUGCUGAAGGUCGGUGCGGACCCGAGAAUACAUCGCCCUGAUGACUUCGGUGGGGACACAGCUCUCCACAUGGUCACCAACACAGACGAAGGCGAGGUGCUGAGAGCCUUGCUGGAAGCGGGGGCCGAUCCUAACACCAGGGCCAGUGGCAUGAACGACAUGACUCCUUUGCACUUGGCUGCGGAGUUUGGGAGGGAAAAUUUGGCUGAGCUGCUCGCGAUCCACCCGAGCUGCAAAGUCAAUGUGAGGGACGCCCGUGGCCUCACGCCCGCCAGCUUAGCUAAGGAAAGCUGCCCGAACCUCUCACUCUAUUUGGAUUUGUGCUGCGGAGCGAAGUCUCACUUGGACAAGCUUCUCAUCGUCGCGGUCAGAAGGAAUGAUGCGGCGGAGGUGAGGGCAGCACUGGACGAGGGAGCAGACCUGAGUUUACAGGGUCCAGAGGAUGGCGGAACCUUGCUCCACCUGGCGUCCCAAGGUUCCUCAGGACAAGUUCUCCAGAUACUUCUCUCUCGAGGCGCCUCGGUGGAUGCAAAGACCAGUCAGGGAUUCACACCGCUCAUGACAGCGGCUCAGAGGGGCGCGACGGACGCCUUAGUGCACCUUUUAGAACGUCACGCCAACCCAAAGCUGUCCACUCCUAACGGGACGACGGCGCUGCACUUGGCUGUGCAAAGUAAGGACUCUUCUGCAGUGACUGCUCUACUCGACGCCGGCGUAGACGUCAACGCUACCACGGUCGACGGGUCCACGCCAUUGCACAUCGCCGCUGCGUCGGGGUCCCUCGGGCUGGCUCGCCUCUUGUUGGAUGACUACCUGUGGGAUGGUAGCAAGGGCGGCUCGGCUGCCCAUGUGGCGAGGAAGGCCGGCCACCCGGAAUUCGCCAAGUUCAUCGAGCAAGUGGUCUGCAGUUGCAAUGAGAAUAACGACAAAAGUACUGAGGUUCUCCGAGAGGACUUCCGCGUGGUAGUCGGCCAGCCCGUGCCUCCCAGUCCAGGCGUGUACCGGAACCUCUCUAAGCCGUAUCGAGGUCGAGUCCUCAUCAUUAACUACCGGAAAUUCAGUGAGGAGACACCCACUCGCUACGGCUCUGAGAGAGAUGUGGCAAAUCUCUGCAAAGUGUUUAGCAAUAUGGGCUACCAAGUGGAAGAUCACCAGGACCUGAAUCUGGAAAAGACUAAAAAUGUGCUGAAUAACUUCAGGAGUAACGAGGAUCUAGCUAAAGUUGAUUCAAUGUUCGUGUGCAUGAUGAGUCAAGGCAUCGACCGGGAUACAUUCUACACAUCUGAUAUGAAAAAGAUGGACGUCUCCGCGGUCCGGAAUAUGUUCAAAGAUCAGGCUUGUCCUCUCAUGAAGGGAAAACCCAAGGUUUUCCUUUUCAGCUUCUGCCGCGGAAACUUCUCUGGACAAAGUAUGGCUGACGAUCUACCUCCCACUAGGGACGAAGCUCCGCGUGACAUGCUAACCCUCUACGCGUCGACGGAAGGCUUCAAGGCUGUUGAGUCGAGCGAAGGAACUUUGUUCGUGCGGUCCCUGUGCCAAACUCUCGCCGCCCACGCCCACAACACGGACAUGGUCAGCAUAGUUCACAAGCUGAACCAGCUCAUGGCAAAAAGCACGCACGCUACAACGCCAGAGACACAGAGUUUUGCCUUCAAGAAGUUUUUCCUGAAUCCACUGGAGUCGUCCGACGUAUAACACUUGUGUGGUGUCCAGCGAUGACUGCGUUUCCUUGUAUGCUAGCGGGUGUGCGUGUGUGCCGGUUUUCGUAAUCAGGACCGCUGUAGGCUUUUAGGUCUGUUUAUAUGUCUGUUUUUCAGUAUUUAAACACUUGUGUAUGAGUGUGCAUAUACCUGAGUACGUGUUUGUUUGUGCGUGAAUGCGUGAGUGCGAGAUAUUGGGUUUAUUUGUUGGUUACCGAUGUGUGUCUUGAUGACUAAAAACAAUGGUAAAGGAUGUGAGAGAUAAUGCUACACCGAUAGUCAAUCAAGUUUGGGUGAAUUAUCAUUUCAACUGAAAAUCAAGUAGAAUGAAGAAUCAUUUGCUGAUCGAAAAUUCUUGUUUCUCAUCCCUUACUCUCUUUUGCGUGCUUAAAAAUGAUGCUGCACUUUUGAAGUAUAGAGAUAUCGACAGGCAAUUUCGCUGCGUUAAUUACUAGCGCCCUUCUAAUUUCUUUUUAUUCCUCCUUCAGACUGUUUUUUCGUUUAACUUACUUUUUUCCAUAAAGAAGAGAGAGGAGAAACGCAGAGGAAGAAAGGCGAAAGGAUUUUCUUGGUUUUCCCUUCCAAACAUCUACAUCUGAAUUGCUCGUUAGCGUGGAAUGGCUGUCACAUCUCUCUCUCUCUGUCUCUCUCUGUCUCUCUCUCCCUCUCUACUUUUUUUCUGUCUGCCUCCUGUUCUCCGACUUCCCAAUCUAAUCUGACAUCAUGCGUUACCGGUAUGAGCUAUCUCCAUGUUCCUUUUAAAGUGAUAAGACGGAAGGCAAGAUUACAGAUGACUAAUAUCUUAGGAGAGUUUUGAAUAUUUUAUCUUGCUUAAGGUUUCAGUAAAAGAGAAGGAAAAAGUCCCGUGAGUAAGAAAAUACAUAAUGCAUAUGGUAUAUAGUGAUGCUGAUAAUUAUAUACGAAAUAUAUCAGUCGUACUUAUCUAUAAUAAUGAUGAAAACUGCAGCGACAGAAGUGAUAAAAGUAGCAUAUGUAAGUGAUAUAUGAAAUAUCGACAAAAUAUGUAAACAAGAGUGAUGUAAUUCUAUUUCAACUUGAUUAUAUGAUCAUAUAUAGAAGACUCAUAUGCACUGCUAAAUGACUCUGGCCGUUACAAAAGGAUAUCCCCCCCCCCUCUCUCUCUCUCUCUUUCUCUCUCUCUCUCUCUCUCUCUCUCUCUCUCUCUCUCUCUCUCUCUCUCUCUCUCUCUCUCUCUCUCUCUCUCUCUCUCUCUCUCUCUCUCCUCUCUCUCAUUUAUAACUAAUAAUUUCGAUAUGACUGAGACGAUUGAAUCUAUAAUUAUCCUGAAUGCUUUGUACGAUUUGUUUAACGAUGUGCGUGUGAUACGUAGGGCUGAUAAACAAAUAAGUAGACAGAUAAAGAGAUAGAGAGAUAGAUAAAUGUAAUGAGAGAGAAAGAAAGAGGCAGAGAUUAUAAAGCUGAAAUGAAAUAAAACUACCUUUUAUUUU